AUGGGGCGGCAGGACCUGCGGCGCGCUGACGGGCCCCCGCCGAUGCUCCCGUGGCCACUGGCCCUGCUGGCCCUGAGUGCGUGCUGCGGAGCGGGCGGCGCGGUGCCCGAGCAGCAUGCCGCCGGCGCAGCGUCCCCUUUGUCCCCAUCCUCGUCCUCCCCCGGCCGAGCACCCCUCGACUGGCUCCUCACCGACCGGGGUCCCUUCUACCGAGCCCAGGAGUACGUGGACUUCACGGAGCGCUACCGGCAGGGUUUCACCACCAGGUACAGGAUCUACAGGGAGUUCGCCCGCUGGAAGGUGAACAACCUGGCCCUGGAGAGGAAGGACUUCUUCAGCUUGCCGCUGCCCCUUGCCCCCGAAUUCAUCCGCAACGUCCGCCUGCUGGGGCGCAGGCCCAGCCUGCAGCAGGUCACCGACAGCAUCAUCAAGAAGUACGGCACGCACUUCUUGCUCUCCGCCACACUGGGAGGAGAGGAGUCGCUGACCAUUUUUGUGGACAAGCGCAAGCUGAGCCGCAGGGCAGAGCCCGCAGGGGCCGGGAACAGCUCGGCGGUGUCGCUGGAGACACUGCACCAGCUGGCGGCCUCCUACUUCAUCGACCGGGAGAGCACGCUGCGCCGGCUGCACCACAUCCAGAUCGCCACCGCCGCCAUCAAGGUGACAGAGACACGGACGGGGCCGCUCGGCUGCAGCAACUACGACAACCUGGACUCGGUGAGCUCGGUGCUGGUGCAGAGCCCGGAGAACAAGGUGCAGCUGCAAGGGCUGCAGACGGUGCUCCCCCCGCACCUGCGAGAGCGUUUCGUGGCGGCUGCCCUGAGCUACAUCGCCUGCGGCUCGGCCGGGGAGCUGCUGUGCCGCCGGAGCGACUGCCGCUGCCAGUGCCAGCCUGCCUUCCCCCACUGCAACUGCCCCGAGGCCGACGUGCAGGCGCUGGAAGGCAGCCUGGCCCAGCUCCAGCGCGCCUGGGAGAGCCACCACGGCCAGUUUGAGGAGUCAGAGGAGUUCCAGGCCCUGGUGAAGAGGCUCCCAGGGGACCGUUUCCUGAACAGGACAGCUAUCUCCCACUUCUGGGCCAUGGACCUGGACGUCCAGCACCGCUACCAGCAGCUGGGCACCAGCCUGAAGCUGCUCUCCAGGAAAACCCACCGCAUCAUCCGCAGGCUCUUCAACCUCAGCAAACGCUGCCACCGGCAGCCUCGCUUCAAACUGCCCAAGGAGAGGUCGCUUCCUUACUGGUGGAGCCGCGCGCAGUCGCUCCUCUACUGCAGCGAGACCGCCGUGCCCGGGACCUUCCUGGAGGAAAGCCACAGCUGCACGUGCCCCUCGGAGCAGCCCUCCUGCCAGGGGUCCAUUCCGUGUGCCUUGGGCGAGGGGCCAGCCUGCGCCAGCUGUGCCGAGGACAACAGCACCCGCUGCGGGGCCUGCAACCAGGGCUACGUGCUGGCCCAGGGCUCGUGCCGUCCCGAGGUGGCUGACUCGCUGGAGCACUACCUGGGGCUGGAGACAGACCUGCAGGACUUGGAGCUCAAGUACCUCCUGCAGAAGCGGGACAGCCGCAUCGAGGUGCACUCCAUCUUCAUCAGCAACGACAUGCGCCUGGGCAGCUGGUUCGACCCCUCCUGGAGGAAGCGCAUGCUCCUGACCCUGAAGAGCAACAAGUACAAGCCCGGGCUGGUGCAUGUCAUGCUGGCCCUCUCCCUGCAGAUCUGCCUCACCAAGAACAGCACGCUGGAGCCCGUCAUGGCCAUCUACGUCAACCCCUUCGGGGGGAGCCACUCGGAGAGCUGGUUCAUGCCCAUCAAUGAGGGCAGCUUCCCAGACUGGGAAAGGACUAACGUGGAUGCCUCUGCCCAGUGCCAAAACUGGACGCUCACCUUGGGCAACAAGUGGAAGACCUUCUUUGAGACGGUCCACGUCUACCUGCGGAGCCGCAUCAAGUCUCUGGACGACAGCUCCAACGAGACGAUCUACUACGAGCCCUUGGAGAUGGCAGACCCCUCCAAGAACCUGGGGUACAUGAAAAUCAACAGCCUGCAGGUCUUCGGCUACAGCCUGCCCUUCGAGCCGGACGCCAUACGCGACCUGAUCCUGCAGCUGGACUACCCCUACACGCAGGGCUCCCAGGACUCGGCCAUGCUGCAGCUGGUGGAGAUCAGGGACCGGGUGAACAGGCUGUCGCCCCCUGGCAAAACCCGCCUCGACCUCUUCACCUGCUUGCUGCGCCACCGGCUCAAGCUGGCCAACAACGAGGUGGCCAGGAUCCAGUCCUCCCUGCGGGCCUUCAGCGCCAAGCUGCCCAACGCGGUGGAGCAGGAGACGGGCAAGCUGUGCAGCUAA